AUCGAUCUGCAUCUUCCCAUCCGCAGAGAGGAAUACCGGUGCAGUUUUUGCCCUGUGGAUGGUGGUUUUCUGUUGAAUGACUCAGAGGAGUUUACAUCUUUGACUAUCCGGACAAACUGUUGGUCAGAUUUGUUUGCGGACACAUACACACACACACACACACACACACACACACACAUACACACACACACACACGCACACACACACACACACACACACAGAACUGAAAGCUUUGCUGUGAAUUUUUCUCAUUGUCCGCUGCCUGUGCCUUUGGAAUGUGGACAAUCUUCUAAAACUGGGGAUCUGCUGGUAUUUGAGGGAUUGCUUUGAUCUAACUCAGCUGGUGACCUCUCAGAUUUUGACCAAUGUGGAUUUAAACUACAUCUUGCUGUGAGCGGGGAAUUGUUUUUGUCUUAAAGAAAGAACCAUAAAUCAGAAACGAAAGCAGAAAUUGCUGGAAAAAGCUCAACAGGUCUGGCAGCAUCUGUGGAGAGAAAUCUGAGUUAACAGGGGUGGAGUAAUCUAUUUUGUUUAGUCUGUUUGCUUUAUCCCUCCCCUGGCUGUGUGUGUGCGUUUAUAUCUGUGCUUCUGUUAACACAAUGUUAACCAUGGAUUCUUUCUGCUUGGUGCUGCUCCUGGGCCCCUUGGCUGGGAUCUGCCUGGGGCUGGAGUUCACGGGGAGCCCCGGUUUGUGGAGUCGUUUCUCACGUUGGGAGGCUGGCAGUCGAAGUGACCUGAGUUUCCAGUUUAAGACCGAUCUGCCCGAAGCGCUUCUGCUGUACCUGGACGACGGCGGCUUCUGCGACUUCCUGCAGCUGGCCAUCGCUGGCGGCAGGGUCCAGCUCAAGUACAGCAUCGAUUGCUAUGAAGCCUCGGUGGAGAUGGACAGGAGGGUGGACGAUGGCAAGUGGCACUUUCUGAUGGUCAGCCGCAACUUCCUCAGGACCGUGCUGGUCCUGGACGGGGACACACGGUCAGCAGAGGUCAAGCCCCAGCGGCAGUACAUGAAGGUGGCCAGCGACCUAUUCGUGGGUGGGGUCCCCCAGGACAUUCGAGAGACCACCUUGACUUCUGUCCUGGUGCAACGUGCACCCCCCUUCAAAGGAUUUAUCGAAGACUUGAAGUAUGGAGACUCUGCGCCAGUGCUGCUUGGGAGUCACUUGGUGAGACUGGACAAGGAAGUCAUUUGCACUGAGAAUCCUUGUGAAAACGGUGGAGUGUGCUCGUGGAUAGAAGGGGAGAUUACCUGUGACUGUACUAACACGAGCUAUAUGGGGCGGUACUGCACUGAAGCCAGGGAAGACAACUCUGCAACAUUCCGAGGAUCUGAGUACUUCUGUUACGAUCUAUCCCAGAACCCUAUCCAGAGCAGCAGCGAUGAGAUCACUUUGUCCUUCAAGACCUGGCAGCGGAACGGACUGAUCCUGCACACAGGGAAGUCAGCUGACUAUGUAAACCUAGCACUGAAAGAUGGAGCAGUUUCACUAGUCAUUAACCUGGGAUCUGGCGCUUUUGAGGCGUUGGUUGAACCAGUAAAUGGGAAGUUCAAUGACAACGCCUGGCAUGAUGUCAAAGUGACACGCAAUCUGCGACAGGUCACCAUUUCGGUGGAUGGCAUCCUCACUACCACAGGUUACACCCAAGAAGACUACACCAUGUUGGGAUCUGACGACUUUUUCUACGUCGGCGGAAGUCCGAGUACAGCAGAUCUGCCCGGAUCACCUGUCAGCAAUAACUUCAUGGGAUGCCUCAGAGAGGUUGUUUAUAAAAACAAUGACAUCAGGCUGGAGCUCUCACGCCUGGCCAGGAUCAAGGAUCCCAAGAUGAAGAUCCAUGGUGACGUUGUCUUCACAUGCGAGAACGUCGCCACCCUUGACCCCAUCUCGUUUGAGACACCAGAGGCAUAUAUCAGCUUGCCAAAGUGGAACACCAAGAAGAUGGGCUCGAUUUCCUUUGAUUUCCGCACCUCGGAGCCCAGCGGCCUCAUUCUGUUCACUCACGGAAAGCCUCAGGAGAGGAAAGACCUGAGGAGCCUGAAGAAAACCAAGGUGGACUUCUUCGCCGUUGAGCUCUUGGAUGGAAACCUGUUCUUGCUCCUGGAUAUGGGCUCCGGUGCAAUCAAAAUCAAAUCCACAACCAGGAAGGUGAACGACGGGGAAUGGUAUCACGUGGACAUACAACGGGAUGGUAGAUCAGGCACGAUAUCUGUGAAUAGUCGACGCACCCCAUUCACAGCAAGUGGAGACAGUGAGAUUCUUGACCUGGAGGGGGACAUGUACCUUGGAGGCCUACCAGACAACAGAAUGGGGUCCAUCUUGCCCACAGAGCUGUGGACAGCCAUGCUCAACUAUGGCUAUGUUGGCUGCAUCAGGGACUUGUUUAUUGAUGGGAGGAGCAAAGAUAUCCGGCAGUUGGCUGAGGAACAGAACGCGGCUGGGGUCAAGCCAUCUUGCUUACGCCUUAGCACGAAGCAAUGUGACAGCAACCCUUGCAAGAACAAUGCAGUGUGCAGGGAAGGCUGGAACCGGUUCAUCUGUGAUUGCACAGGCAUGGGCUACUGGGGGAGAACAUGUGAAAGAGAGGCAUCCAUCCUGAGCUACGAUGGCAGCAUGUACCUGAAGAUAGUCAUGCCCUGGGUAAUGCACACGGAAGCUGAAGAUGUCUCUCUCCGAUUCAUGUCCCAGCGAGCUUACGGUUUGCUCGUGGCUACGACCUCGAGGGACUCAGCAGACACAUUGCGCUUGGAACUGGACGGAGGCCGUGUAAAGCUGACAGUCAACUUAGACUGUAUCAGGAUUAACUGUAACUCCAGCAAAGGACCAGAGACCAUUUACGCUGGACAAAAGCUCAAUGACAAUGACUGGCACACCGUCCGAGUGAUCCGCCGAGGUAAAAACCUGAAGCUCAUGGUCGAUGAAGUCACCGCGGAAGGUCAAAUGCUUGGUGACCACACACGACUGGAAUUUCACAACAUCGAGACCGGGAUCAUGACGGAACGACGCUUCAUCUCCAUUGCCCCCUCCAGCUUCAUUGGGCACCUGCAGAGCUUGAUGUUUAAUGGAAUGAUGUACAUCGAUCUGUGCAAAAACGGGGACAUUGAAUACUGUGAAAUAAACGCAAGGUUCGGCAUGAGGUCCAUUAUUGCAGAUCCCGUCACUUUCAAAACGAAGAACAGCUAUUUGACCUUGGCCACUCUGCAGGCGUACACAUCCAUGCAUCUCUUCUUCCAGUUCAAGACCACAUCUCCUGAUGGAUUCAUUCUCUUCAACAGUGGAGAUGGCAAUGACUUCAUCGCUGUGGAAUUAGUUAAAGGGUACAUCCACUAUGUGUUUGACCUGGGAAAUGGGCCAAAUGUUAUCAAAGGGAACUCUGAAAAGUCCCUGAGCGACAAUCAAUGGCACAAUGUGGUAAUUACUCGGGACAACAGCAACACACACACCCUCAAGGUGGAUGCUCGAUCUGUGACUCAGAUCAUCAAUGGUGCCAAAAACCUGGACCUGAAAGGUGUCCUAUACAUUGCUGGGCUGGCCCAAGGCAUGUACAGCAAUCUGCCGAAACUUGUCGCCUCCAGAGAUGGGUUUCAGGGUUGCUUGGCAUCUGUCGACCUCAAUGGAAGGCUGCCAGAUCUGAUUCAUGAUGCGUUACAUCGGAGUGGGCAAAUAGAUCGUGGAUGUGAAGGUACAGGCUUUAGCAACUCUAGUUCAGGCUCUCUCGUCAACUCGAACAGUAGCUCAAAUCCACACCAGUACAUGCUUCCAUCUGAGAAACUCCCCAUAAUGCUAACCAUCAUCACAGUGUCUUCCAUUGUAAUCAUUUGUUCACCAUUGGAUCUGUCCAUUUAAACAGUUAAACCUUCACUGUAGAACCAAUGCCAAACAUGUAAAUCUAAUCACCUUCUCUUGUAUGUAACAGCAGGCUUGUGAGU